AUGCCCGAUACCUGCCUGCUUGCUUGUCGCUCUACAAUCCUCCACGCCAUCCUUCCUCUGCAUCCCCCAUUUCUCAUUCCCCCCACCUUCCCCGCCCUUUGCCCCACCCUUCCUCCGCCCUUCCACCUGCCCUUCUCCCGCCCUUCCCCCCACCCUUCCUCCUCCCUUUCCCCUGCCUUUCCCCCUGCCCUUCCCCCGCCCUUCCUCCCGCCCUUUCAACCCGCCCUUCCGUUGCCCUUGCCCGCAGUGCCACUGCCUGCUGUCCCCCCCCCGCCCGAUCCCGACCUGCUGGACCCGUGCCCGGACAUAACUGCCCUCUUCCGCCACUAUAACGACCUCUACUUUCAAGGCCGCCUCGGGGCCUGCCUCGUCGAGUGGAGCUCCAAACGAAUGACGCUGUGUGCGGGCGUGUGCAUGUACGACGGGGCGCUGUGUCGCAUCCGGCUGUCGGCGCCACUACUGCAGUACCGCCCCGUGUCGGACCUUAAAGCCACGCUGCUGCACGAGAUGAUCCACGCCUUCAUCUUCCUCUGCCGCCCCUCGCACUCCCGAGAGUGA